CGGCGACAUACAGCUCUUCCCCAAAAGAGCUUUCCAUUCCCCUCUUUCACCCCCAAUUUAGUGCUUCACGAGGACUUAUAUGGAUUCGGCAGUCUGCCAUUAUUCUUGAACCUCGAUUGAAACACCACUUAACCCUUGCCUUCGGGCUCACCUUCCUCGACCAUGGCCACCUUACUCCGACGGCCAGGCAAUCUUGCUCGAUAUUCGAGGAGAGCCGCAGACUAUAUAUAUCGCGCAGGACCACGGUCGGCGCACAUCUCACAAUCGAGACUAUCAUCCCUUAUCACCACGCCACGCCUUCUUAGAACAUAUGCUACCCAAAGUCCGAAACCCCCGAACGAGAAUGACGGUCAACACCAACCACCGAACCAACCCGGGAAUGGCGGCGGUAAGGAUGGAGAAGGAAAGAAGCCAGAGGAGCCUCAAUCGAAGCUCAGCAAACAGGAGCAGGAGUCAGUAGAUCAAUUUAUACAGCAUCUGAAGUCGAAGGUGCCACAGUCACAGCACCAAAUGUUGGACGAUAUGCGGUCGAUCAUGAUGAGCGAAGGAUUACCGCCGGAGGUCCGCGACUUCAUCCAGAAACACUUAAAAUCCGGUAAACCCACAUCUUUGAUGGACUAUGUGAACUUGACGCGUUACAUGGCGAAGUACUUGGAAAACUAUGCCUCCAAACUGAACGAGUUGGAGGAGAAAAGAACGCGGGACCAGGAGAAAUCAGAAGAUGGACAGGGCCAGAAACAAGAAGGACAACAAGGGAAGGGCAAGAAUGAAUGGAAACCGCCACCGAAUGCGAGAGUUUUCGAGUUCCGUUUUGACCCCGCCUCGUUCCUAGUCACCACCCUUCUAUCUUACUAUGUCUACCGCAGCUUCUUCCCUGGCGAAAACAGCAAGGAUAUUACAUGGCAAGAGUUCAGAGCCAACUUCUUCGAUAAAGGUCUAGUCGACAAGCUGACCGUUAUCAACGGCAACCGAGUUCGGGUUGAACUGAACCGUGACGCGGUCUCCCGGGUCUAUCCUGAUUCUCCGGCUACCCAGCCCCUAUUCCAUUAUUACUUCAGUAUCGGAUCGGUUGAGAGCUUCGAGCGGAGAUUGGAUGAAGCGCAGAAUGAACUGGGUAUCCCUGGCUCUGAACGUAUUCCCGUUUCGUAUACCGAAGAAGUAUCAUGGGGUGCCACUCUCUUGUCUUUUGCUCCUACCUUCCUCCUCAUUGGUUCAGUUUUCUGGUUGUCGAGACGUGCUGCUGGCGGUGCCGGUGGCCAAAGUGGUAUCUUUGGUAUUGGAAAGAGCCGUGCCAAGCGUUUCAACCACGAGACAGAUAUCAAGAUCAAGUUCUCUGAUGUGGCUGGAAUGGACGAGGCUAAGGUUGAAAUCAUGGAAUUCGUCAGCUUCCUUCAACAUCCCGAAAAGUUCCAGAAACUUGGUGCCAAGAUUCCUCGCGGCGCCAUUCUUUCUGGACCUCCUGGUACUGGUAAGACAUUGCUCGCCAAGGCAACGGCCGGUGAGUCUGGUGUUCCGUUCUUUAGCGUCAGUGGUUCGGAGUUCGUUGAGAUGUUCGUUGGUGUUGGACCUUCCCGUGUCCGUGACCUCUUUGCCAAUGCUCGUAAGAACACGCCUUGCAUCAUCUUCAUUGAUGAGAUCGAUGCCAUCGGUAAAUCGAGAGCAAAGCAAAGCUUUGGUGGUGGAAAUGACGAGCGUGAGAGCACGCUGAACCAGAUUCUUACUGAGAUGGAUGGUUUCAACACCUCUGAACAAGUGGUUGUCUUGGCUGGUACAAACAGACCAGAUGUUCUGGACAAGGCUCUGAUGCGGCCGGGACGUUUCGACCGGCAUAUCGCUAUCGACCGUCCUACCAUGGAUGGCCGCAAGCAGAUUUUCCGCGUCCAUCUGAAGAAGAUUGUUACCAGCGAGGAUAUGGAAUACCUCACCGGUAGACUCGCUGCUUUGACCCCCGGCUUCGCUGGUGCCGACAUCGCUAACUGCGUGAACGAGGCUGCCCUAGUUGCGGCUCGUGUGAAUGCGGAUCAUGUCACCAUGAAGCACUUCGAGCAGGCGAUCGAACGUGUCAUUGGUGGUCUGGAGAAGAAGUCCCUUGUGCUCUCGCCGGAAGAGAAGCGCACGGUGGCGUAUCACGAAGCUGGACACGCUAUUUGUGGCUGGUAUUUCCGCUGGGCUGACCCGCUACUGAAGGUUUCUAUCAUUCCUCGUGGGCAAGGCGCUCUGGGUUACGCCCAGUAUCUCCCAGCCGGCGGUGAUACUUACCUGAUGAAUGUCAACCAGCUCAUGGACCGUAUGGCUAUGACUCUUGGAGGCCGUGUCAGUGAGGAGCUGCACUUCGAUACCGUCACCAGCGGAGCUAGCGACGAUUUCAACAAGGUCACUCGCAUGGCAACCGCCAUGGUUACGAAAUUCGGCAUGUCACCUAAGCUGAAAUACAUCUACUACGAGGAGGAUCCCAAUCAGUUCCACAAGCCUUUCUCCGAAGAAACAGCCAAGGAUAUUGACACGGAAGUCCGUCGGAUUGUCGCUGAGGCAUACCAACAAUGUCGCACCCUUUUGACCGAGAAGAAGAAGGAAGUCGGCAUCGUCGCCGAGGAGCUUCUGGCCAAGGAAGUCCUCAGCCGUGACGACCUCAUCCGACUCCUCGGGCCCAGGCCCUGGCCUGAAUCUGGUGAAUUCGCCAAGUACUUCGACGGUGCCAAAGGAGCCACUAUCGCACCUCCCGAACCCACCCAGUCAAGCGAAGCAACCGAAGGCAAAGACGGAAGAGACCAAACGCCAUCCCCACCAUAGACAACUUCGUU